UUUCCACGUCCAUUUCAAAUUAUAUUCCAUUUUUAACAACUUGCUGACCUUUAUUAACAAACAUAAAAAUAGUCUCGUUUUCCCAUUUGGGUUGAAACAAAUUGAUUGACAUUAGAUAUUUGUGUAAUUAAUCUAUAUAAAGGUUGUUAUAUUUUGUGAUUUCUCAUUGGAUCUUGGUUGAGUACAUUCAAAUAAGAAUCAAUGGCUACUGCUAUGGGUAUGGUGGGGAGUAUUGGGGGAUGUGGGGCGGCAUCUGCAUCUUUGUUUCGUUUGAGGAAUUCAUCAAAAAAGAAGACAAGGAACAACAAAAAUGGAUUUAAGGUUUCUUGUGUUUAUUCAUCAUCUACGGUUGCUGAUCCGUAUAAGACGUUGAGGAUUCAACCAGGUGCUUCUGAAUCUGAAGUUAGAAAGGCCUUUAGACAACUUGCUCUUCAGUAUCACCCGGACGUAUGCAGGGGAAACAAUUGUGGUGUCCAAUUUCACCAAAUCAAUGAAGCAUACGAUGUUGUGAUGAGUAACUUGAGGGGUGAAACAAGAGCACAGAUGGAGAUGAUUGAGGAGUAUGAUGAUAAUGAUGAUUCUAUGAGAGGAAUGAAUGAACCUGAUUGGGAUAUGUGGGAAGAGUGGAUGGGAUGGGAAGGUGCCGGCAUUCGUGAUUAUACUUCUCAUAUUAAUCCUUACAUCUGAUCUUUAAUUAAUGACUUGGGAAUUAUGUUCUUAGUCGAAAAAUCCAAAACUCAAAACCCACCCAUCUUCUUAAAAUCGAAAAUGGUUUGAGGUUUCUGUACAUAUUCAAGAGGAAGUAAGGGGGAAGGUUUCUUUGUACAUAUUGGGAUUUCCUCCUUGUUUGUUCUUAUUAACUGUGAUGAUACGAUGCUAUCUCAUUGAUAAAUAAAAGAUUGAAGUUCUUAUUA